UCACGGGCCACGGGCGCGGUGCCCAUUUACGGACGCUCUGCCCGUCGAAUUUCACCGAUAACCGAUUUUCCAGCGAGCACCGAUCGCUCUCGUAUCGCACGAGUCGAUUGACCUUAUCACCGGCUGCCAGAUUAGCGUCAAUCGCGCGGACGAGUGUCCCCUGCUGGCAGUGUCAGCCGAUCGGUGUGCCCGCGUUCUCCCGUGAAAUGACGAUCACCGUGAUCCAGGCGAAGUUCGCCUCGAUGAUCGCCAUCGGGGUCGGCAGCUUCGUCGUCGGCGUUGCACCGGCGUGUUUCGUUUCACGCGUACGCGAUCUUCAGCAGAGACUGUUGCUAUCGUGCACACUGUGCUUCGGCGGAGGCGUGUUGCUAGCCACCGCGAUCCUCCACAUGCUGCCGGAAACUCGCGAGUCUAUGCCCCAGCACGCGGAACUGGUGUUCGCCUGUGGCUUCCUUCUGCUCUACCUCGUGGACGAAAUCGUUCACUACGUGUGGGGCAACGACAUCGAGCACACUGUCGAGCCUCAGCGUUACGACGUCAGGAACGGGGUCACGCCUAGUCCGGUCUAUUCCGGAUCCACACGGACUGUCGGAGGCGUUUACGCGCCCGAGGUUAAUCCGAAGGGGUUCUAUCAGCCGAGCGUUUCUGGAUACGUACCGAGCAAUUUGAAAAACAGUACUUAUGGCGCGGUCCAAUACGCGCCUAGUGCCCCAUCUUUCAACGAAGAAGCCACUUUUUUGUGCCACGGGAAUCACGCCGAGCCAUGUCCAGACACCAAAACCGGUCUGAUGGGCCUUUUGUUGGCGUUGACAAUGCACUCCAUUCUCGAGGGAUUAGCGAUCGGUUUGCAGAAAGCGAUGUCCGAGGUUUUACUUUUGGUCGGAGCAGUGGCUUCCCAUAAGUUCGUCGUCGGUUUUUGUUUAGGGUUGGAAUUAGCCGGGGCAAACAGUUCACUUUUGAGGCUCGUUACAGCAAUUUUCUUUUUCUCGGGCGGGUCUGCGGUUGGAAUAGGAAUCGGAAUGUUAACGCUUCGAAUGGACAAGAAGUGGACGCACAUCGUUCUGCCGAUUUUGCAAGGUUUGGCUGGUGGUACCCUGCUCUACGUGACUGUCAGCGAAAUAUUUCCCAGGGAAAGGGCAAGAUGGCACAGGAGCGAGCGACGAGCUUCGGGACUUUUUCAGUACUUCUCCGCGAUUCUCGGCUUUGUCAUUAUUUUUCUGUUAAACAACUACGUUGGCUCGUGAACACUUGAGUCCCCAAAAAAAAGUGUAUCCUUUCGGUAGAAUAAAUAGAAAUCCCAAUAAAUAUCAGCGAUGGGGCACGGAGAACCGAAGAAAAUGAAGAAUACAGUU